AUGUCAAACGCACUAGAUUAUCUUGUCGUAUACGGUGAUUCCUAUUCAGAUGUCCAUCAGGGAUCCAAAAGAACAAACGGCCCUCUCUGGAGUGAACAGCUUGCCAGCAUAUGGAACACACAACUUGUAUCUUAUGCAAAGCCAGGAGCCACAUUUUGUCAAAACGAUAAGCGCAACUCGAGCUAUUUGAAGCAGCAAGUAGAACAAGACACCACCUUACAAGAAGCUGAGAAAUCCAGUGUUCAUGCUAUAUUUCUCGGCGUUACUGAUCUAGUAGAGACACAGGGGGAGGCAAAGAACAUCAAGCAAUGGGUGCAAUGUAUAAAAGAUCAAGUGAUGUACCUGAAUGCAAACAACCCAAAUACGCGCAUCCUUAUCAUGGGCGUACCUGCCUUGGAAUUCUCACCUUAUGCCAUGACACACAAAUCAGCAACCACCCAUCUCAAGCAAAACAUCAUUGAUUUCAACGUUGCAUUGGAGGAGGAAGUUCUAGAGUGGCGCAAUGAGGCUGCUUCAGAGCAGAUUGAGUUUUUUGACACUUAUCUGGUAUUUAGCGAUCUGCUGGGCGAUCCUUCUGUAGCCAGCAUUGACAAUGUAGAUGAUGCUUAUUGGGACAAAUGCCAAGGCAAAUGCACACAAGACAUGAACAGCUAUCUUUGGUGGGAUAGCAUCCAUGUGACAGGAUCUGGGCACAAAGCCAUCUCCAACACCAUCCAGUCCAAGGAAUUCUUCAACCUCAAAUCAGCACUGGAUAUAGAACCACAGCCCUCGUCUACUCUGGAUGAUUUCACUGGAUUGUCUGCCAAUUACACGCGAUGGCUCUCUUGGCUGAUCCUGUUGGCCAUUGUAGGCAUGGUGUUGUACAUGUUUAGACACAACAGAGCCUUUGUGUCUCUUAAAAAGACCAUUCAGACAAAAGCAGCCAAAAUUUACCCUUCUUUAACGCCUCGAAACAACCACGACUACACACUUGUAUAA